AUGGGGACAGGCAGGGGGGCAAGGAUACCACUAUGGAUACCAAUGCUAGUGAUCGCCUUAACAUGCCAAAAAGGUAGGAAAUUUUAACAGAACUUCAUUCCCUGGGCAACAGCUAGUGCCUGCUUUCUCCAUGGUCCGAAGGACUUUACAGUGAUUUUGUUUGCUUUGCCUCAUUAAAUCUAAUCAGGACUUUAAACAUAUUUGCCCUGUAUUUUCCUAUCACCAUUCUAAAGACAAUAUGCUCAGGUUUCAGGGAUAUAAAAUUCACUGCCCCAGUGCCCCGAGGCAGUCGUUUGGUAGAUCAAUAGGCCAUGAUCAGUAAGUAGAUCAGCCUCAGUAUAAAAGCCAUUAAAAAUUGGUUUCAUCUUUUAUGCUCAGACACUGAUUGAUUGAUUUUUACUAGUACGAAUGAGGUUUGUAAAAUGUGAUUGUCGAAAGGAGCAAACCUGGCAGGUUAAUAAGGCAAAGAGAGAAUUGUAUAUAUUAUUUGUAAAACCAUAUCACUGCAUCAUUAAGCCUUUUGAAGUCAGUAGCAAAACUCUUGCUGACUUUGAUGAACUCAGUUCCAGUUUAAAUCCAGUUAUGUUUGAGAUCAGCCAUACAGAAAGGGGUACCAGAAUAGGACUUUGUGUCAGUGGAGCAUUUUUCAGUAGCCUUCCAUGGAAUCAAAGUAUUCUGAAAUAAGGGACAUACCAUUGUGAUCCAUGGAACUAAAAUGCUCUGCGAAAAUGAGACAAUACUUUUAAGGGAAACACAGGUUUGAAAGCUUCUUUCCUUCUAUCAGCAUCUUCGAUAGAGAACAAUUUCAAGAGUCAACCAGUUCCAUUCACAUUUUCUUUCUGAGCCUAGAGCAAAAAUGGAUGCAAACUCUAGGUUCUGAAAAUAGCACAAUACAUAGCUAUUUGAAAACUAAACCAGCCAAGCCCAGAGCCAGUUAUUUCCUCAGCAGUGCAUCCACAGAGAGUGUUCUUGAGUUAAUGACUUCUCUCUCUUCCCCUUCAAUUGCAAAUGUGUAUUGAAACAGGAUGGUUUCCACUUACAGCUACAAUCUUCUAUGUGGGCAUCAGUAAAUACAGUGAAUACUUCACCACAGGACAGCUGGUGUAGGCUACAUGGAAUGAACUGCAUCACUAUCAUUACAAAUCUGCCUUAUUUAAGAUCUCCUACUCAUUUAUACUGAAGAAAUAGCAUAGAAUUCAGGACAGCUGUUUCAGGGAGAAUAGCACAUGAUUUGUAUGCAAGUAAGGGAAAGUUUGUUGGGGGUUUUUUUGGGGGGGGGUAAAGGUGGGUGGUCUAGAAGAGGAAGCUGCCCAAGGCUGAUUCAACUGGUUCAUGUUUUGGUAUGGUUUUGCAUACCAACAACAAGAAGCUACACUGUGGCAAAAAUUGUGCAAAUAGGUUUUGGAGUUCAGUCAAUUGUCAGUUUCCACACAGGAUUUUCAAAGGUUUAAUGACCAAUCCAACUCCCAUCAAAGUCAUCACCUGGCUUAGGGUGGCGAUAGAUGCAAAGCUCAGUUAAAAUGUCAACUUGGGAUGCUGCAGCAGUUGAAGGGCAAAAUCCCCCUUAGGGUUUUGUUAUGAAAGGGAUUGGAAAUAGAAUAGGCAAUGUGUCAUAAUGGGUUAGAUCCAGACUAAGUUAAUCAUGCUUUAUUCUUUCAAAUCAAUGGGGUAAAGUUCCUCUGGACCAAUAUAAGCCCCAUUCAGUGGGUCUGCUCCACUAAGUCUCUUGAUCCACACCAGUGUCUUUAUAUAAGUCUGUGGUGUACUUGCACUUGAAAGGACCUAUCCACACUUAUCUUGUUCUACCACUUUCCUCUGGGGAAACUAGCUUCUUACAACUGAAUCACAGCAAAUGUCAACUGGAUUUUCCAUGAAUUGAUGAUUGCUCUGUUUCAGUGGGAAAGAGCAGGUUUUCCUAGGGAAAGCAGUCUGGCAAGUGGAAAACUCCUGAGACUCAUGCUUUCUAGGCAUGGGACAAGGGGAAGUGUGGGUGAAGGUGAAUUCUGCACAGUUCUGGCCACCUUAUCUCAAUAACUGGGCAAGGUCAGUUCAAGGGAUUAAUGGGUUGGAGCAGUUUCCCACUCAGGAAACGUGAGCUCAGAAAAGAAGAGGGCUUUUUUCUUCAGAAAAGAAAGGUAACUAAAGGGUGAAUUCUAGAGAUUGACAAAAGCAUGGAUUGUGUUGAGAAAGUGGACACAGAGAGGUAUUUUCUCCCUCUCUCAUGCCAGAACAGGGAGUUACCCAACGAAACUGAUUAGCACUUGAUUCAGGAUAGAUAAGAGAAAGUCCUUCAUCACUUUACACACAUUUAUGGAAUUUGAUGCUGCAAGAUGAAGGCAUCUCUUAGGUGACUUUGAAAGAAGAGCAGAAAACCAGUCAGGGAGAGCAGGUUGUUAACCAUAAUAAUUAAGUGGAACCUCCAUGUUCAUGCAGUACAAAUCUGAAUAGAGUAUCAGUUGUGUGGCGUGAGGGGGAGAGUGGGAAAGGUCUGCUGCCUUGAUACUCUGCUUCUGCUGGGAAGGGUCAGAGCUCAGUGGUAAAGCACAUGCUUUGUCCAGUGGAGUGAACUCUCUAACAACUGAAAGCAUCUGAUGCUUUACAAAUGGGAAAGCCACAGAUAAUCGUAGAAUCAUAGACCUGUAGACUUGAAAGGAACCCUGAGGGUCAUCUAGUCCAACCCCUUGCAAUGCAGAAAUCUCAACUAAAGCAUCCCUGCCAGAUGGCCAUCCAACCUCUGCCUAAAAACCUCCCAUGAAGAAGAAUCCACAACUUUAUGAGGGAGUCUGUUCCUCUGUUGAAUAGCUCUUACUAUCAGAAGGUUCUUACUGAUGUUUAGCCAGAAUCUCCUUUCUUGUAACCUGAAGCCAUUGGUUCAGGUCCUACUUUCCAGAGCAGGGGAAAACAAGCUUGGUCCAUCUUCCAUGUGACAGCCCUUUAGAUACUUGAAGAAGGCUAUUAUCCUUCCUCUCAGCCUGCUCAUUCCCAAGCUAAACAUACCCAAUUCCCUCAACCAUUUCUCAUCAGGCUUUGUUAAUCUUGGUUGCCCUCCUCUGCAUAGCUUUCAGCUUUCCAAUAUCCUCCUUAAAUUGAGAUGCCCAGAACUGGACACAAGACUCCAGGUGUGGUCUGACCAAGGUGGAACAGAGCAGUACUAUUACUUCUCUUGUUCAGGACACUAUACUUGUGUUGAUGCAACCUAGAAUAGCAUUGGUCUUUUUCUUUUCUUUUUUUUACUGCUGCAUCACACUGUUGACUCAUGCUAAGCUUGUGGUCUACUAAGACCCCUAGAUCCUUUUCACAUGUACUAUUAGUAAGCCUGGUGUCCCCCAUCUUAAAUUUGUGCAGCUGGUUCUUCCUGCCUAAGUGUAGAACCUGACAUUUGUCUCUAUUGAAAUUCAUUUUUCUAGCAUGAGAUCAAAUCUGUGGGUCUGCCUACUUGUAAGUGAGCCUGCCUGUGUGCUGAGACACCCAUGCACAAUAUGCCUCCAUGGUUUGAAGCAAAGGACAGGUCUUUUAAAAUACUGAUGCUUAGACUUCAGAGUGCCCUUUCCUGAGAAUUUCACAUAGCCCCUUCCAUUCUUGGUUUCAGACAGCAUGCUAAAAGCAACUUUGUUUAGCUGGGCUUUUGAAAGAGGAAGGGAAUGGCUUUAGGAGACUGGUUGAUGAUUUGAAAAUUGUAUUUUGAGCUGAUGCCAGUUCCCCCACCUAUGAUGUUUUGUAUGUAGUUUUGCUUGUUAGCUGUUAAGUUGAUGGGCCAGGAAAAAAUAUUUUUAAUGAAGAAAUGAAUUAAAGUUUGGUCAAAUCCUGUGCCAUUGCCUUUUGCUAGUUAGCAGAAUUGUUGCAGUCCCUUUCUCACUGUUUUAACUGUUGCCACAGUCAACACCCAGGUUGAGCAAUCCCAGUAUGAAGACCAGCAAUCCCAGUAUGAAGACCAGCAGUAUGAUCAACAGCAGCAGCAGUCAAAUUACGACUAUCCAUCUGUGCAGCCGACACAUGAUGACAGUAGGUGUUUCUAACUUCAUUUGGACUCCAGCGCUAGCCAGAUAUGCUUGCAAUUGCCAAGCCAUAAUUAUUUCCAUCUUUCCCAUAUUCUUGGUCUCUGCUUUAAAUUCCUACAUAGUUUUGCAUCCCAGCCUCUUAGUAGGCAGAGAUGAGGCAAUACUGAAGCUAAAGGUUUUCUGCUUUAGCUCACAAAGUGAUUGCUUGCACACCCCUCUGAGUUGCACCUGUUCCUUUUUGCUCUGAAAAUGAAAACUGAGCUCCUCAAGCUAUUAAUUUGUUAUCUUUGGGAACAUGUAGGGUGUUAAGGCUUGAUUCUUAGAUAGUGUACAGUGGAUAAAGUUUUGUUUAUCUUGAGAUUAUGCUAAUUUCCAUCAGUCAAAGAGCAAGCAAACACCCUCAUGCGAGGCAGGUAUCUAAUCUAGAACUAUGUUUGUAUUGCAUAGGUGUUUGCGCAGCACACAAAUAUAUUACGUGUGAGCAUGGGUGUACACCCAUGUGGUACACCCAUGAUAGUGGGACAUUUAAAUACAUCCCUUUGUGCUUAGAAGUUCUAAACUGCAUCACUCCCAACUGGGACAGGUCCAGCAUAUCUGCAUAGUAAUUUUAUCAUUUUGGAAAUGCCUAAGAAUGUUAGAUUGUGUUUUUGAAUAAUUAGAGAAAGCUGUUUGCAUGGCUCACCGGCUAGAUCACCUUCGCUUCUACAAUAAAUUGCACAUUGUCCAUUUUACAUAAUAUGCUUAAAAACUGGCUCCCUUUUAGCUAAAGUAAGAAUGACAGCUUGAACAGAACUGACAGGGAGAAGCCAAAGUUAAAGAGAUUCAGAAAGGAACACAGCCCAUGACCCAGCCAAAGUCAAACACUGCAAUAUAAUAACAAUAAUACUGUAAUUUAUUAUUUAUACCCUGCCCAUGUGGCUGAGUCUCCCCAGCCACUCUGGGUGGCUUUCAAUUGAGUGUUAAAAACAAUACAAAGCCCCUUUAAAUUCAAUGGAAGAGUUAAAUGUGCUGUUGAACACUGGCUUUUAUCACUUUGUGCAAUUUACAAAUUUAUCUGUUCUGAGAAAUAGGUGAUUAUCUCUUGCUUUGCCUUAAUCUAACAUUAAUUGGGUUUCACACUCUGUGCAAUCUACAAACUAUGGGGAAUAGCCAACGAAGUCAGAGUAGACCCUCUGAAAUUUAUGGACUUAAUUACUUACAUCAAUUUAUUUUGAUGAGUCAUCUCUGAGUAUGACUAACUUUGGAUAUUGCCCAGUUAAACAGAAUUAAAGAAUUCUUAGGUAAAUUUUUUUGACACAAGUUAUGCAAAUGAUAACCAAAGUGGUUCUUAAAAUAAACUAUGGUAUUCAUUUCAUAUACCGUAUUCUAUUUAUGGUAGGAGCUAUAAAAGAUCAGGACUAUUCACAUUUUGAAUCAUCCAAGAUACACGGAGUUAGUUUUGUAUUGCUUUUAAAGGCAGGCUAAGUCUUGCACUAAGUAAUUUUUUUAUAUAACUUUUCUGCAUCUCAUUAUCUUUUAUAUUUUUGCAAAAAAACCAAAAACAAACAACAACACAGAAAAGAGGGACUUUCUGGGGGAACUGUAGAAAGCUUUAUGUUUCAAACUGUAGAAAUUCUUACAUAAAAAACUGCAUAUGACUGGUCCCUCAGUCCCACAUAAACUACAAGUGUUGGUAAAUUCUAGUGGGAAGGGAGGAAACCCGCUAUUUCCUCCUCUCUUCUUGUAUGUUGCAAUAGCCCUUGUGUUGAACAGAAUCUAUGUUUUUACUGCAAAGGGGCAAGCACUGAUGUAGGAAUAUCUGGAAGUAAUUCCUGAAUCAUGGCUAGCCCAUAAUGAGAUUUCAGAAAUGAUAAAAGAGGCUAAGACAAGGAGAACCUACUGGAUCAGGUCAAUGGCCCAUCUAGUCCAGCAUCCUCUUCUCACAGUGGCCACCCAGAUGCCUGAGGGAAACCCUCAAAUGCUGAUAUCCUUUCCUUUCACACCAGGUUUAAUGAACUGCUACUUCAGUGUAGCAACACAGAACGGCUAUAAUUGCACACACAGUUAAACCAUGGUUUCUUUAAACCAUGGCUAGGUUAACAAACCACAACAUAUCAUCUUAUAGACAAGUAAGCAAGCCACAGUUUAUUUUCCCAAAGUAUGUUUUGUUUCUAGCCUUCUGCCUCUGUAACUUGGCAAUUGUCUCAGGCAGGAUGGCCAAAUGAACCAAGGUAAAGCAGCAAGGCUGCUGGGUUUGGACAAAAUGUCAAACCUUUGUUAAAAUAAGCCAUGGCUGAAAAGCCAACAACAAACCAUGGUGUGCCAUAGUUUGUGACCAGAAAACAAACCAUGCUUAAUCUGUUUGACUACAGCUUUGAAUAUUCAAACAAACAACUCUGAUUCAACAUAUGAUGGCUUCAUGUUACAUGUAAUCCAGACCAAGACCAUGCUAUUAUAGAUGCUGCUGUUUGUUAUGCCUAGAUACAUCCAGCGCAAAUCUCUUUGUAUGCAAGUUCAGAAACAAGAUAUUCCAUAAAACAUAAUCACAUUUUGUUUGAGCCAAACACAGUGAAAGGAUUUAAUCCCUCUCACGUUGCUCACAGUGUAUGUGAUGCCCUUUCACAAAGCAAAGGGAAAGCAAUUAAUUUACAAUGUGACUAGUUUUACCUGGAAGAGGCUGGUAUCAUAUUCAAGUUACCGUAUGCUCCACAUGAGAAAAGCCUCAUUACAUAAGUAAAGUUGGCACCAUUUUGGUUAUUUUGACAAGUUGUAUUUGGUGCCAAUUCUGACAGAACACUUUUGACAUUUUAUUUCUGCAGAAAGUGGUAGGUAGUGUCACACCAAUACUUUCCUCAUGUGCAUAUCUGAACACUUAGUUAAGAAAAAAAAUUUUAAGCAGACAUUUUGUGCCUACUUACUUGAGAAGAAAUCUCAGUAAACUCACUGGGGAAUCACUUUCAGGUAAACUAUGCACAGAACUGGGCUAUCAGUAUGACAAAUCUCAGGAUUUCAUCACCAGCCACAUGGCCUCUACCUUAGAAUCCUUUAAUAGCUCACUAGAAUUUGCAUUUAAAAGCCACACUAUCCAGAAUAGAAAGGGGGGGGGAUUGAGAAUCAUAGUUGAACUCUCAUUGCCCCAGCCAUCAAGGCCAACAGUAAGAGAUUGUGGAAGUUGUAGUUCAGAAGGUCUGGAGAGUGCCAGGCAGGGGGAAGCUGCAUUAGAGCUUUAUUCAUCAAAUGGAUUUGGAGAUAUCUCUCUAUUAUUUCAUUAUGGAAAUGCUGGUACAAGCUGUAAUCAUAUUUAUUUCCAUCAGCUUUUGUCAAACCAUCUCGUAGUCCUCCUGUCACCAUCAUCCCUCCCAUGAGAACAACUCUGGCUGUGAAAGGUAAGUGAACCACAAACCACAUUCUUGUGUUUUAGACAAUAAUCUUCCACUCACUGGGUGAACUUCAACAAAUGAGUCCUAUCAGUGGCAGCCCUAUGCAAGGACUUCCACUUGUGCAAUGGGGCUCUUCCCCCGCUCCUCUUCCCCAUCUCCCCUGUGUCCUCCCCCACCGCCAUUGGCUCUGGCGAGUUGGGAGAGUGCCCAAAUUGGGGUUGGGGAGGUGGGGUGGAAGAGAGGGGGGUUAUUCCAUAUGGCAAGCUGAAAUGCUUUCCUUGACGGAACUAUUCCAUUAGCAAGAAGUUGGAUUCCUCCCACUGAUUCAAGUUCCAUUCCAUUUACUUCAAAGGUUCUUUAGCAGCUGUAUUCCAGAAAGGAAGAUUGCAAAACUGAACCUUAGUAUCAUAUCGGUUAGAAAUGGACUAGGGAGAAACAAAGGAAAGGGAAACAACCCAUGGGCUUCCCUUCAAGAUCAAACAACAGAUCAAGAGCAAAUAAAAGAAUAUCAUGUGUCCAUAUUUUAUAGAAAUGUAGAUUUUGAAGAUAAACUGAGGAGGAUUCUUGGAUGAAUGGAUAGGUGGGUGGGUGGGUGAGCGAAGGAUUUGGGUAGAACCUUACAGAUUAUUUUGAAUCCACAGCCGGAAACUCUGCUCACAAUGGGAGAGUGUGUAGCACAUGGGGCAACUUCCAUUUCAAGACCUUUGAUGGGGACAUCUACCAUUUCCCUGGCACCUGCAACUACGUCUUUUCCUCCCACUGCAAAUCUGAUUAUGAAGACUUCAACAUCCAAAUAAGGCGCUCUGUGGUUGAGAAUGCUGCCAUUAUCAGCCAUAUCAUCAUAAAAAUUGAUGGAGCAGCCAUUGAACUGACGCCACACUCCAUUACUGUCAAUGCAGAACAGUAAGUUCAGUUACUUUACUAACGUCCUUAUUAAUGCCAUUGGGGCCAACAACACAGAGUGGCUGUGUGGUACAGGAGCGAACAGCUAUGCAUAGUCCAAGGUGGGUUAUAAAUGCCACAGCUUUUAUUGGUUGUAGCUGUAGUUCACAGGCUCCAGUGUUUUCAGAGAGCAACGAUCCUAUCAUCAGGCACCUAAAGUGCUGGAAUAAGGCUGAUUUAUAAGUGAAAGUGUUAAGUGAAAAGUGUCUUUGCAUGAGAAUAGUCAUGGUUAGACUUGGGCCACAUCAGUCUUCAAGUCAUAUAAGAAUGGGGUAGUUUCAUAUGCUUGAACCAUGUGUCUGUUUAUAUUGAAGGGAUGCCAUGAAUGUUCUUAAAAAGAUGAAUUAGGUUUUUGUCAACGAGAGGUUUUCUAUUUGCCACCUUCAGUUGCAAUUUGCUUUAUCUCCAGCGUCCAGCUGCCCUACAGCCACUUGGGAAUCUUGAUGGAGACAGUCUCAGGUUACCUGAAAAUUGUUUCCAAGCUAGGCUUGGUGAUCAUGUGGAACCAAGAGGAUGGCCUUCUGGUAAGAAUAUGAAUGCUCAAUAUGCUGUUUUGUAACGAACAACCAUGACACUAUUUAUCAUGUGUUUGUUAGCAAGUAAGUGGUGAUUAAAAGUAUUUGCAGUUUAGAUGUGAUGCCCUCCAUUUCGUUUUGAAAUUAGGAAAAAACAAAUUUGCCUGUAUUCGGCAUCGAAGAUUACCUAAUGCAAGAUUACCUUCUUCUUAGUAAAGAGGGGGGAAACAAGAUUAAAACUGUUGCUAAAAAUUAAUCGCUUUUCUCAUGUAAUCAGCAUUCCUGAGUGCAUAUCUUUUAGAGAAAGGUCUUGAGCUGCACAGUUUAAAAGCACAAGCACAAUCCCGCACUUGAAUUCAUACUAUUUUAAAAGUGAAAUGUAAAGAUAGCUAUAACUCUUGAGAUUUUUUUAAAAAGGGGUUUGUUUGUUUUUGUUUCAGUUUACUCAUGAGUGACUUCAUAAGUCAUGCCUGAUAUUGUGAACCAGAAUGAUUAUUCAGUAUAUCCCUUUGGUCUCUUGAGCUCUUGGAUCAUUUCUUUGGUGGUCUGGUCAUUAUGUUUCAUCAUGUUAAUAUCUUAAUUCAGUGGGUUGGAUCAAAACUUGAAGGGGCAGAAUUGCACUAACCAGACACUCCUACAGGCAGAAGUGAUGAGUGUGCUUCCUUUUUUUUUUUUCAUUUCCCUCUUCUCUCUUCAGCCCCACAUGCCCCCACUCAAAUCUGUUCCAGGGGGUUGGGGAGCCUGUCAGACCAACAUGGAAGAUGAUGUGGGGAAGGGUUCAAGGAAGAAGGGGAAACUGUUCUAAGAAUAGAGAGUAAUCAAAAUGAGCCAUUCAAAAUUAGCUCAGUCAGGUAGUAAAUAUUUACAAGCUCAAUCAGCUUGUAAAUAUUGGGUUCAUCUAUACAUCAGUUGUUCACCACUCUCAUGCAAAACCAGCCAUCAGCUCUCAUUUUUAUUCAUCAUAUUCAACACUCUGUGAUUUCACUAUACUUAUCUCUUGCUUCCCCCAUUUGUUUUAGCUUGAACUGAAUGAGAAAUAUGCUAAUCAGACUUGUGGACUUUGUGGAGACUUCAAUGGAAUCUCAACUUUCAAUGAAUUUGUUUCUAACAGUAAGUAUACAACCCCCCCCCCACACAACAACACACACAGGCAGUUCUGUUGUUAUUGCUUCUGGAAGUUCAUUUGUAAGACGGCAAUGUUUAUAUUGGCAAACACUUGUGAAAGGCUGUGUGGCAUUUUAAAAGGACCAAGGCUCGUUUGUUGAAGUGAUCUCUUGCAAAAAUUGCAGUCUUUGUUUUCCCUGUCUUUCUGUAGCUAAUUCUGUAAAUGGUCUAUUACAUCUUUAAAACAUGAGUAUUUUUUUUUUUAAUGUGGGACCGGGGCUCCCAACUUCGAAUAUACGAACAUAGGAAGCUGCCUUAUACCAUUGGUCCAUCUAGCUUAGCUCUGUCUAUGCUGGCUGGUGUCAGCUCUCUAAGGUUUCAGACAUGGGUCUCCUCUAGUCCUACCAGGAGACACCAGGAAUUGAACAUGGGGCCUUCUCUAUGUAGAACACUUGCUCUACCACUGAGCUAUGGCCCUUUCCUGAGUUUGUGUCAAGCAAGGAGAGUAAUGAUGUAGCAGAGAACAUCCUCCUCCAAGUUUCUGACCUGGCUAUAUCUUGUCUCUCUGACCUAUGCCACUACAUAGUGCUAGUCUGGGAUGCAGGAUCUUUCAAGGCAGACGUGGGUAGGAUUCCUUCAUGGAAGUUUGAAAGAGGGCAGACCUACAUUCUGUUUUUGGUCUUAUGCACCAACCCAUCUGUCCUAAAGGAUAACAGCCCAUCCAGCAGGGAAUUCACCAUGGAUCUUGAGCAACCUCUGGUUUGAUGUGGCCAGGAAGGCAUCUUGGUUGGGACUGCCAACAAGAUGAUGCAGAAAGAUGUGGGUGUUUUUACUUUAACCUCAUUGACCUUAGUAGGAACUAUAGCUGUUAGAUGAAUCACAACUUGGAAUUUGUUAAUGCAUAGGUAUGGGACAAGAAUCUGAGCUUUCUUGAGGCAAAUGGGUAGGGGUGGGGACUUUUAAAAUAUAUCUUUCUAGUAGUUGACCUGGCUGUCACCUCAUGGGCUCAAGCUCUUCCUUCUACAUCCAUCUGCCAAACUUAUCUGGCAUAAAGAAAAUAAAGAUGUGGCCUGUGCCACCCUGGACCAGUAGGGUUGGCUGUACCCUAUCUACUCCUGCUCUAACUACAAUUUUAGGAUGACCAUUUUGAAAAUAAUGCUAUUCAUACUUAUUGCAGACGUCAAACUGAAUCCUGUGCAGUUUGGAAACAUGCAGAAGAUGGAUGGACCCACCGAAGAAUGCCAAGAUCCUGCCCCUUCAGCUGCAAGCAAUUGUAGUCAGGAGUUUGUAAGGAUUCUUUUUGUUGUACCUUCUUUUUAAGGGAGAUCUGAUAUUUUCUUUCCCUUUGCUUUGUCUUCAGGGAAUGCAAAAGACACUGAGACAACGAACUUUUGGAAAUAAAUGCUAACUUACAAAUAUCAUUGGUUAAAAUCAGUAGUAGUUCAAUAGCUAACUGGCGCUUUAUGAAGCCCAUUGAUUACACACACUGUCUAUUUCCUACUUCCAGAGUACUGUCUGCCAAACAGUAUUGACUGGUGAAGCAUUCAUGGGCUGCAAUGCACUGGUUGAAGUACAAGAUUACAUUGAUGCUUGCGUACAAGACUUGUGCAGCUGUGAUAAGUCUGCCACUGAUUACUGCAUUUGCAACACCUUUGCUGAAUAUUCCCGGCAAUGUGCCCAUGCUGGUGGACUGCCAAUGGAAUGGAGGACAGAAGAUCUGUGUGGUAAGUAUCUCUGAAAGGCACUUCCGCCUCUCUGGGUCAGACUCAAUCAUAAUGUGGGGGGCACUGUUGUAGGCCGUCUAGCCUAAUCCUUUGCUUAAUACAGAAAUCCAGUAAGCCCAGCAGAUGGUUGCCCAGCCUCUGCUUAAAGACCUCUAGUGAGAGAGGGAACUCUCCAACCCCAUGCAAUGGAUUCCAUUCUUGAAUAGAACUUUCCAUCAAAAAAGAUUCUCCUCCUGUUCCACUGAAGUCUACCCCCUGUAGCUUAAGCCCAUUUGAUUUAGUCCUGUCCUCUGGGGCAGCAGAAGACAACAAUUUUUCCCUGUUUGGUGCAACAGUUCUUCAUGUAUUAGAAGUGUACUUUCUUGUCUCUGCCUAGUAUACAUAUACCCAGUUUCUUAAUUUUCCCCUCACUGGGCUUGUUUUCCAUAUUCCUGCUUAAAAGAAAAACCUCACCAGAACAUAAAACACCAUUUGUUUAAAGCAAUUUCACCUCAAGAAAACAACCAACACAAAAAUUACAUAGCGGGUCAUCUAAUGUUUCUUAAUUCAUGUCUCCUUUCAGCCAAGACAUGCCCUUUCAAUAUGGUGCACCAGGAAUGUGGCUCCCCCUGUUCUAAUACUUGUACCAAUCCCGAAAGGUCCCAGCUCUGUGAAGAUCAUUGUACAGAUGGCUGCUUUUGUCCACCAGGUAAGUCAACAAACAACAUUAGGCUGACAGCAGGGGCUCUGGAUAUUAAUAGCUUUCCAUAGAAAACAGCUUCCUCAGUUACAGUUUUAAAUGAGAUAGUCAUGAUUGCUAUCCUCUGCUAUGAAAAUUAAGGGUGGUUCUUAAACCCCCCACCCACUUUUGGAUUUAUUUUGGAUCUUGUUUUUUCUAUAUAUCUUUAUAGAGUGCUUUUGUGGAUAGGCAAAUUAAAAAUUUAAUAUAUGCACACUUCUUUGCAUAUUUUAAUUUUAUUUUUAAAAUGUUUUCAAUUAUUUUAUAAUACGUCUUGCUGGAAAGGUCAUACACUCUUGCAGAAAGGCGAACUAGAAAUACAUACAAUCAAAAAGAUUGUUCUUUUUCAUUUUUUAAAAAAAUGCAUGUAUUUAUUUAUUUCAUGCUGAAGUGCUGGUGCUAUUCUGAGUAACGUUCAGUUUCAGUGGGUGAUGCUUAGUUCUAGUAUUAGCAGAAAGACGGAAAAAGAAAUUCCUGUGAACUUUGCUGAGAGUGAAUGACUGGCAAGUUUUAUGAGGGCAGGUUGUUCAGUUGGAUGGCUCAAUGAACUGAUCCAGCUUGGUAGCUUGUAUGCUCUUAAAACAAAGCAAACCUGGUCAAGAACACACACAGACACACACAGACACACACACACACACACACACACACACACACACACUACUACUACUACUACUACAGGUGUUUAAUGUGUGGGAAUGUUGAGGGUGGCAGGAAAGGAUAUAUUGAUUAUUAAUAUCCUUCCCAACUUGCAAUAGCAAGUUUCUUCACUCUGCUAGAGUGCAUUCCCCUUCUUACAGAGCAGAAAACUGGUUGCAAACUCAUGUGAGUUUCUUAAGACAAUAAACAAUUCAAUCUGGGUUGCCCAGAUUGAGAUAUGUUCUAAUAUUCCUGAUAAGACCCCUUUUGAAUCCCUCCUAAAAGAAUAAAGACACCACAGUCUUAUUCAUAAGUAACAAAAAGUAGUUUUACUCAUGAUCAGGCAGAGCACAGUGUGAUCCCUGAAGGCAGGCUUUAGGCUUAAAGUUACACACAUGUACAAAGAGGUUUACCUCAUAUGGGAGAUAACAGGGGAACUGCUGUGGCAGCCAGCAGUCCAGUCCAGACAGGGCAAACGGGAAGGUCGAAAAGGGGAAGGUAGCAGCGUGACUUGCCUUUUACCAGGUCUGGAGAGGUCAUGCCCACCUACUAGUCACAUGCAAGGAAGGAUGCUCCAGGCCAGGAAGACAGGAAGUUUUGACUGGCUGAACCAAACAUUCCCUUGCAUGUCCACUCUAGCAAAACAAGGAAUGUUGUACUUGACUGCUCCCAGUGGAUUACAUCCCACAUAAUGCAGCUCCCACAAUGCCAAUUUCUCGAGCUACUGGAAAAUGGUAACAUGGUAGGUUGCCAUCAGGAGUCUGGCAUGACAAUACCAAAGUCAGUGGAAUGGUGGAAUGUGCCUCACAGAUCUUAAAAACAAUGAAACUGAUACCUAACCUACCUCCUUAUUCUUUUAGGCACUGUGUUCGAUGACAUAAGCAGCUCUGGUUGCAUUGCUGUGAAGGACUGUCACUGUACUUACAAUGGAGACACUUAUUCUCCUGGAGCUUCUUUUGCAUCCCAGUGCACUGCAUGGUAAGACACCCACAUCUGCUCAUUCCUAUUGCCUAAAAAAUAAAUGUGAUGGGAAUAAUGACUCAAGCGUAGAAUGUUGUGGUAUUAAAAAAAGAAUCUCAGUAUUGAUGUUUACUACUUUAGUGUCAAUUGCGUCAAAUGCUAAAACACUGCAGCAUGGAGCCACAUGGAUGCUCCCUUGGGUUCCGUGACAGAAGAAAGGUAGACUAUAAAUGAUACGAAACAAAAUAAGCUACAAAAUACUGAAAAAACACCAACUGACAGGCAUCAGAUUAAUAUGAGUGAAUUAAUAUGGCUGAAUGUCAAGUACAGGUAUCCAUAUUCAAAGGAUAUCCUGCUGUUUCUAGGAUAUCCCUCCAGGUAUAUUUGACAUCAAAAUUCACAAAGAAGAGGAGAUAUUUGAGGAUUUUUUUAAGGAGCAGGUUAAUGUCAUUGUGAAGGAGGAGGUGGAGGAGAAACCCCAUUUUUUAAAUAAAACAACAACAACCCAUUGAAUGCAUUCAUAUUGUAUAUGAAGGAGAUGAAGGUUUAAAGAGCCUUUUGUUCAAAUAUGCGACAUCAAUCCAUUUCUAUUCCAAAAUUAAAUAAAGGGCCCCAUUUUGGCAGUGUGUUUUGAAAUAUGAAGCCUUCAGGAAUACACGGGUUAUGAUUUAUUGUUUAUUGUUUCAACGUCUUUCAAAAACAGUUAUUAACAUUGCUAUAGCUCAUCAAGGAACAUUGGAUUACCUACAGAAAAGUUGUUCAUUAAUAAAAGACCACAACCUACAGCAGCACUUAAAGAAAGGGAAAUAAGUGUAUUAAAAUAGCCUAGCUUUAAUUAUUGUACUUUUCUUUUUUGCUUGUUUUGUUUUCCUUGUGUACACUGUCACCUGAUGCACACCACUCUCUUCUCUUCAGUACAUGUACUGGAGGCCAGUGGGCCUGUGUCAGCCUUGACUGCCCCGGAAUGUGCUCUGUUGAAGGAGGCUCCCACAUCUCCACAUUUGAUGAGAAACGUUAUUCGGUCUUUGGGGACUGUAGCUAUGUCUUAACUAAGGUAACCAAAAGGCAAUAUUUAACUUUUGGGGAGGUUUGCAAUGGAGAAAUCCCCACAUGCAGGGAUCAAAAUGGCUUGGUUAGAAUGUCACAGGAAAAAGGUUUGAUUUAAUUAAGCUAUUGACAUCAACAGUAAUUUUCUGUACACAGGAAACCCCAGCAAAGAGUCCAACAUAAAAUAAGUACGUUGAUGUCAGCAGGCUUUUGCAAAAGUCCCAUAGGAAAGAACUGCAGUUGCCAUGCUUUGGGGAUUUCAUAUGCAACUGUUCAAUUCAGCCUUCCUCAACCUGGAUAUUUUGGUCAACAACCCCCUUCAGCACCAGCCAGCAUGGCCCUGGUCUGGGAUGAUGAGAGUUGGAAUCCAAAAACAUCUGGAGGGUACUAGGUUGUGGAAGGCUAGUUUAAUUCACUGCUGUUUAAGUAUUGCAGUGUAUUUCUCAGACUUUGACAUGCUUUCGAACUGCUAGGUUGGCUAGUUGGACUUAAAAAAGGUAAAGGUAAAGGUACCCCUGCCCGUACGGGCCAGUCGUGUCCGACUCUGGGGUUGCGUGCUCAUCUCGCUUAAGAGGCCGGGAGCCAGCGCUGUCCGAAGACACUUCCGGGUCACGUGGCCAGCGUGACGAAGCUGCUCUGGCGAGCCAGCACCAGCGCAGCGCACGGAAACGCCAUUACCUUCCCGCUAUAAAGCGGUACCUAUUUACCAUAUCUACUUGCACUUGGGGGUGCUUUCGAACUGCUAGGUGGGCAGGAGCUGGGACCGAACGACGGGAGCUCACCCCGCCGCAGGGAUUCGAACCGCCGACCAUGCGAUCGGCAAGUCCUAGGCACUGAGGUUUUACCCACAGCGCCACCCGCGUCCCAUCUAGUUGGACUUAGUUCCCAUUAAAUUAAUGGGACUUGAGCUUAGCCAAUACUUAAUUUCAAUGGGGCUAAAAUAUGACUAAUUUAGUUUACAUCCAGUCCAGAAGCUUUCACUUCAAAUCAGCACCUCUCCUCAGAUUACUUCCUGUAUAAAGCCCUAAGCCAGGGAUGGGGACCCUGUGGCCUCCGGACAGUCAGAGAUGAUGGGAGUUGUAGUUCAGCAGCAUCUGGAGGUGUUGUUCCAGCAAAACACUGGGAGCCCUUUUACCUCAUGAGCCCUCUUGCCCAUUAAGAUAAUGGAGAGGAUGCCCUAUUCAUGUGCUAGCUCCUUGCAAUGAAAUAUCAAUGGGAGCAAGGGAUAGACCUUUUACAGCACUGGCUCCUAUUCUGUGAAACACCCUUCUAAGAGAAAUGUCAAUUCUAUGAUCUUCCUUGCCUUUCAAAUACAAGGUAAAGUAUGCUUGUUUAGGCAAGCUCUUAAUCUUCCAUAGGAACUUGGCAUGAUAUUUGACUUGCUAAAUUAUCACGUUUUAGUCUUAUUUAUAUCAUACUUUGUUUUUUAAAACAUGUUAGCAACGUGUUGUAAAAACGACAUUAUAUUGUUUUAAUUGUGGGAAGUUGCCCCAUAUUGACAACGAAAAGCAGGCUGUCAUUAUUUUAAAUAAACAACCCAGCUAGCUCAAAAGCCAUGCGGUAAUGGUUAUAUAAAAAGCCAAGCAUUGCAUGCUGCCUACACUCUGUGUUCUUCACUUCCAGCUCUGUGACAGUAAGGCCUUCACUGUUCUGGGAGACAUUCGAAAAUGUGGCCUGACAGACACCGAGACCUGCCUGAAAGGCAUCGCCAUCAACAUAGAUGGAGGAGAGACAGUAAGUAUGGAAAACAAGGCCAACUAUAUGCUCAAAAGGGAGAUUACACACUGAUUUAUAGAAGCACUCCUUCCGCCCACAGUGAAACAGCAAAUAUGUUCAGUCUUAUGCAGAAUGUGUAGAACUGCUCAGUUUUAUCUCCUAGUCUCAAUUACUACUCCUAACAAUAAACCAACUGACCUGUCCCAAUCAGAAUGUGAACUUCAGUCCCCUUGUGUGGCCCUCAUUUCCCCUCUAGGUUACAGUAAGUCCUUUCACAGUCUAGAUUUCAUAAUAUUGCAGGCCCACUGCCCCACAACCUCAAGCCCUCCACCUUUCCUUCCUUGCACAUUUUCCUUCUCUUCCCACUUCUUUGUUUCCAAUGCUCCUUUCUUCAAGUCUCCUUCCCCAUAUCUAUCCUUUCCUCUGGUUACUGUUUCUUGGCUUAGUGCUCUCUUCCUUCAACUAACUUGCUUCCAGUUUCUCCCUCCCUCCCUUUGCUUCCUUAUCUCCUUGUGAUUCUUCCCAUUCUCCAGACUGCCCCACAAACCUACUCUGAUCCAUAGAGAGCUGGGUGAGGAUUUAAUUCCAGUCCCUUCCCUCAUAAAAGUUAUUCCAGACAUUCUAGCAGCUUUGUUUCCUGAGCAGUUGGAGCAUUCAUGAACAGUUCAUUUCCAGCACAAUAAACUGGUGUCAGAGGCUUCACUGCUACAGAUGCAAUACAAUGUGGAUUUUGUUGGAAGUUUAUGUGCAUGAGCAGUGUCAUCCAAAGUCACAAAGAAACAGGAAAACAAGCGCAUAUGAUAUUUUUAACCAUACUUGUUCAUCAUUAUCUUUACCUUUCUCCUCUGCCAGGUAGUUGUGAUCAAGUCUACUGGGGUCGUGUAUGUGAAUAUGAUCCUUUCCCAGCUGCCUAUCUCAGCAUGUAAGUUCUCCUUUCAGAGAUAACACAUGACAUUCAUCAUUCUUCACUCUCCUACUCUAUUAUUGUUCUCAACAUGAGGGAUACCUUCAGCAAGGCUCUUCUGAUGUUCUUAGGAUUUUGGACUUUUCUCUUAUGCUAGAAGGCCAUUUACUAGGGAAAAUGGUUAAAAUGCUAAGCAUAAGCAGUUGUUACCUCAUUGUUAAGUAUGCAAAAUGCACAUACCCUCGUGCCCCCCCCUUGUAGCAAAUGCCAUAGCCAUAUGAAUCAUCAGUUGACACCUGAUGAAAUGUUUGAUCCCAUUAGUAAACUCAUUCUAUUCCACUUCGACAGCCAAUGUCACCAUCUUCAGGCCCUCAUCCUUCUUUAUCGUUGUGGAUACAAAAUUCGGCCUCCAGUUACAGAUCCAGCUCGUGCCCAUCAUGCAAUUAUUUGUACGCUUGGACCCAACCCACAAAGAGCAGACAUGUGGUAAGUGAGUCAAUUAGUCAUUAGUCUCAAGACAUAGAGGUGAUGUUCACUGAAAUCACUGUGAUGCUGUAUGAAGGAUUGCAAGGAUUUAAAGUUGAAUCCUGACAGGAAAGGUGUACUGUGGAGUGUGGGGGACUCCCUGGUCAUGAAUGGGGCAACUGUGCCCCUGAAGGAGCAGGUGCACAGCCUGGGAGUCAUUUUGGACUCACAGCUGUCCAUGGAGGCGCAGGUCAAUUCUGUGUCCACGGCAGCAGUCUACCAGCUCCAUCUGGAAAGCAGGCUGAGACCCUACCUGCCGCGGACUGUUUCACCAGAGUGGUGCAUGCUCUAGUUAUCUCCCGCUUGGACUACUGCAACACACUCUACGUGGGGCUACCUUUGAAGGUGACCCGGAAACUACAACUAAUCCAGAAUGUGGCAGCUAGACUGGUGACUGGGAAGCGGCCGCCGAGACCAAAUAACACCGGUUUUGAAAGACCUACAUUGGCUCCCAGUACAUUUCCGAGCACAAUUCAAAGUGUUGGUGCUGACCUUUAACGCCCUAAACAGCCUCGGCCCAGUAUACCUGAAGGAGCGUCUCUACCCCCCAUCGUCCAGCCCGGACACUAAAGUCCAGCUCUGAGGGCCUUCUGGCGGUUCCCUCACUGUGAGAAGUGAGGUUGCCGGGAACCAGGCAAUGGGUCUUCUUGGUAGUGGCACCCGCCCUCUGGAACGCCCUCCCAUCAGAUGUCAAGGUAAUAAACAACUAUCUGGCUUUUAGAAGACAUCUGAAGGCAACCCUGUAUCGGGAAAUUUUAAAUGUCUAAUGUUUUACCAUUUUUUAUGUGCUGUAAGCCGCCCAGAGUGGUUGGGAAAACCCAGCCAGAUGGGCGGAGUAUAAAUAAUAAAAUUAUUAUUGUUGUUGUUGUUAUUGUUUUUAUUUAAAGUCCCCAUGGUUUUGUUCCAGGUCUCUGUGGAAACUUCAACAAUGUCCAAGCAGAUGACUUCAAAGCUGCCAGUGGAGUAGUAGAAGGAACUUCAGCUGCUUUUGCCAACACGUGGAAAGCACAGGCCAACUGUCCUGACAUCAAAAAUAUUUUCGAGAACCCAUGUACUCUCAGCAUAGAAAAUGGUAUGUGCACUGAUAUUUUGCAGCUUUUCUCAUAGGACACUCUUUAACCAACAGCCUAAUUAGAAAGACCCUUUAGAAUUAUUUUUUAAGCAGAAACUCACAUUAACUCUAUUAACUAUUGUACAAUAGAAAUUGCCCUUGUAUAGGGCUGGUAAGGACAUAAAGGUCAUGUUGACUUUUUUAGCUUUUAUAUUCCACCCUUCCUUCAUGCAGCAUCCUAAUUCUUCUCCCUCCCAUUUUAUCCUCACAACAACCCUGUGAGGUAAGCUUGUCUGAGAGAAUGUAACUGGUUUUUGGACACCUAGGGAUCUUAAAAGCUGGGUGGGUGAGUCCAACACACACUCUCUAAGUCAUAGUUUGUUGCUCUAUGCCACACUGGCUCUCAGAUGACAAUGGCUCCCCGUAAGAGAAAAAGGCUUUGUACAGCUGGAACAAUCAUUGCAGACUAUUCCACAUUAUCCAGAUCAUGGUGAAUUAAGACAGCAGAGAAAAAUGGCAUGACAGACAAAAGAUGACGGGUUAAAGCAGAUUAUAGGUGACUUGAGCAAGCAAGCACAACUUUAUGAUGCAGAAGGAAGGCAGAAAGAUACAGUUAACAAUGAGAGCAAGUUCUAAUACAGUAUUUUCUCUCAUUGACUGGCUGGAAUAGGUUCUCGAACUCUGAGAGUGAUUCUUACAUGCUUGGGUGGUGGAUAUAGAGGGAUGCAUGAGUCUGAAGGAACUAGACUAUUGUUCAAAGGUGAAGUUUGUAGCUCUGCCCUGCCCACCACUGGCGUAAGGUCCCUGAGAGGCUGCACAGAAGGGAAUGUGUUCCUUGGGCUGAAACACAUUGCCCAUCUCUGCAGUAAUAUGUAUAAAACCACAUUGCCCUUUGUCUUGUACAGAAAAAUAUGCUUCACACUGGUGCGGCCUGCUGACGGACAGCAAUGGACCCUUUCAGAAGUGCCACUCUGCAGUAGAUCCUACUGUUUUCCACACGGUACUUUGUACAUUCUGUUUCUUUGAAGUGCCAAUGAGAAUCUGAACAUAACUCCUGGGGGUGGGAAUUAAACCUGUUAGAGUGGAUAAACAAUGUCAGGGCUUCAGUAUACUCUCUGCCAAACUUUCUGUCAUUAAUGUAUAUUAUCAAUCCCCAUAUCAUGUUAUCCUACAUAUUCAUUUCUCGCUUCACUACUAAAUAUAAACAUCUCCUCAUUCCACUCUGUGUGGUUGGCCAUGUAGUUUGCCAACUUCUGAGACAGAGGUUAACAUUUAAGCAGCUGGUUCUCAGGAAACUCCCAGGUCCUCUGUAGUUUAAAGCAAGCAGUGUGAAAUAUAAAGACAUAUUUUUAGAUUAAAUUCAUAGAUGAGUUCUUCAUGUAAAGGUUUAAGAGCAAAUGUCCCUGAAGGGGAGGGGAGAGUUAAUAUUAAUGGCUAUUCUCUGUCUCCCUAGACCUGUAUGUUUGAUACCUGCAAUUGUGAAAGGAGUGAGGACUGUAUGUGUGCUGCCCUUUCCUCCUAUGUCAGAGCCUGUGCUGCAAAGGGAGUGCUGCUGAGCGGAUGGAGAACCAGCAUCUGUAGUAAGUUAUGAGGAUUUUGUAAACCAAAAAGCAAGUGACCAGAGGAGAUUGUCAAAGUGUUUCAAAUAGAACUCCAAACCAUGAUUCACCCCAACAUUUUUGGAUUUUUUUCAGUGUCGCUGAAUUAUUUUGCAAGUUUUCUUAGUAGUAAGUCUCAAUGAAAUUAAUGGCGCUUACUUUUAAGUAUCCAACAUGGUGCUAAGUGAAUCUCUGUCAGCGCAAGAUGGAAAGUUCUUCUCUUUUCUCUCCCCGCCCUGCCUGGACACCCCCUAAAUGUGUUCUUGGAGUUCCCCCAACCCUCAAGAACAGGUUUGGGGAGGGUGCAGGGUGCAUAAUACAUAAUGUAACAAUGCAUAUUAUAACUGAUUCUUUUUUAAAAAGAAGAAAGAAACCCAAAUGUUUUAAAAAAGUAGUCUUGGCAUUUUGGGUUUAAAAAUAUACUGCAGUUGUUUAGAACACCACUUAUUUUUGUGACUUUAUUUUUGAUGCAUCUGCUUCAGCUACUGCAUCUCUCAAAUAAAAUGAGCUGCUAGAGAGAAACAUCUGCUCAUCUGUAGAUGUGUGUUUUUUCCUAUAGAAAUUCAACUGCUGCCUGCUAGUAAGUGGCAAAGAAGGCAGUUUUUUUUUGUUGGCUGCCAUUUUGAAUUUCCCCAACUGCACAUCAGAACAAGGCCACCUGGUUCAAUUUGCUCCCUCUCAAGAUAAUUUUGAUCCCCUCCACAGCCUGAAAUACUGAUGAAUCAAAACAACUCAUUUCAAGGAGGUGGUUUUUAUGUGGACCCGAUCUUUGCCAGUUAGUAGCAGCUGUAGUUUCAAAAUUAUCCUGGACAAGAUUUUGAAGGAAUUUGAAGCAUCUAUGCUUUGUUUGUGUGACAACCCCAAAGUGGUGCCAGUAGUUUCCUGAAAGUCUUAAUCUGGUGAGCAGAUACAGAUGAGGUUUACGGGAGCUGCAGAAAGUUCAGAAGGAAAUAAAGUUAUUGUUUGCCAUGGGGAGGCAAAUCACAACCAAAAAACCUUACAGUCUUAUGUGAAUAAUGGAGCAUGUGCUAGUUUCUCUCUCUAGUUACACCAAAGAAUUAUUGACAGCACUGGAUUAGAAAUUAGGAGUAAAAGACAUAUUUUUUGGAAAAGAUAGAAAAACACACAAACAAUCAAAUGAGUAGUUUUCAAAGCUGUGAUUUAAAGAUGAAUCUGAAAUCACAUAGCUUGAUUCAAAGGCCAAUAAAUUACAUGGAUUAGUCACGUUUUGAACAGGCUCCUUUUCAUAAACCCAUACAAGAUAGUAACUUCCCUUCUGCAAGUUAAAUUUAAUUCAAGGCACCCAAGCAAUCGUUCAUACAGUCUUUAUGCACAAAGCAGCAUACAUCACUGUACCCAGAACAUCCCAUCACACCUGGAUGGUGAGGCAGACAUCCUAAGUUUCUCCAGCCUCUGGGACCAGAGCCCAGCAUCUAGAUAUACAGAUAUGCAUCUAAACACACAUAGCCAAUGUUUUUGAGUAUACAUUGUACCCUGCGACGUCUAGUAAUUUAUAGCCACAGUAGCUCUUAGGUAACCUCUGGAACAACUUCUUUUCUUUUCCCUCUCUCAAGCCAAAUACCAAAUGUGUCCCAAAACCCUGGUUUACCGUUACAACAUUACUUCCUGCCAACCCACCUGCCGAUCUCUGAGUGAGCCUGAUGUCACUUGCAACAUUAAGUUUACCUCCGUGGAUGGAUGCACCUGCGAAGAAGGGAUGUAUAUGGAUGAGAGCGGCAAAUGUGUACCUGCUACCAGCUGCCCCUGCUACUACAAAGGGACUCCUCUACUGUCUGGAGAAGUUAUCCAUGAAAAUGGUGUCAUAUGGUAAGUGAUGGUUUGAAAUAAGCAUUGUUAUGAGGUGAUGGGAAUAGCCAAAAUUUCCUUCCAUGGAACCAUGCUUCUAAGCUGCCCUUAAUUAUGAUUUUUUAAAUUUUGUUUUUUGGAAGAUUCAGUCAAUUUAAUUUUGUAAUGUCUGGUGCUUAGAUAUUAGGUGCCUUUGUGACACAUUUCUAAAUGCCCCAAAGUUUCUUAUUUAUGUGAGAAAAAUAUAGGAGCCCAGCUGGAUCAGACCAAAGGCCUGCCUAGUCCAACAUCUUAUUCUCAUAAUGGCCAACCAGAAGCCUGUGCAAAGCUCACAAGCAACUUAUGAAUGCAAUAGCAACCCAGCUCGUGCUCAUUAGCAACAUUAUUCAGAGGCAAUACUGGAGGCAAUAUAAAGACAUCAUGACUAGUAGCUGUGGGUGGCCUUGUCCUCCAUGAAUUUGUCUAAUCCUCUUGUAAUGCCUUCCAAGUUGUGAACCAUCACUAUGUUAUCUGGUAAUUAAUUCCAUAGUUUAACUAUGCUUUGUGCUUCCCUUUGUCUAUCCUAUAUCUCCCACCAUUAAACUAUCGCAUCUGUUAAAAACGGGCUUUCUAGUAAUGGCUAGUGGAGGGUGAGGAGAGAACUUGAGACUGGCAACAGCACCAUAGGUGCCCUGUGGAUCUCUGAGGUCUGUCCACUCCUGAUAAAAAUGCCUCAGCCCAGUCCAGAUCCACCAAGGAGAAAUUCUUAAAGCAUUUUAACAGGCUAUUUUAAGGGAAACAUUUUCCUUUUGGUCACAAGGUGACAAUUCAGCAUUCCACACCGUGAAGGAUUUGUUGUUGCUGUCCUUUAGCCAGGCAAGAACAACUGCUCUUCAUAAAACUGGUUCAAUUUUUAAGUAAGAAACAUUCUUCAUCUCUUGCAGCACUUGCACACAGGGAAAGCUUCAGUGCAUUGGAGAAGUGAAACCACAACCAGGUAAGUCAAAUCACAGAAAAAGAUAAUAGUAGUUCCAGAGACCUUGUAAAACUGAAAUAUUCAAUUGGACUUUGAGUCCUCCGUAGAUUGGCUGAAAAUAUCCCAUAGCUUCCCUCCAAUGUACAGAUGUGAGGAGUUGUUUUCCAACCUUGAGUGAUGCAAGUUCCUAUUAUCUGCUAAGAACCAUAGCCAAGAUAGCCACCAUCCUCUGUCUUAAAAUUGGGAGUGAAAAUAUAAUGUUGUCGUCGUACAAAGACUUUUAUGUGUGUUUUUAAGUAAGGUGUUGAUAAUGGUGUGCCCUGAACUAGUUUUCAUGACAUACACUCACUGUUAUGGUGGCUAAUGUCUAAUUUCAAGCUGAGAUUUCAUCUAGCUCUCCUUUCUAUCAGAAUGUUUUGCUCCCAUGGUCUACUUUGACUGCACUAAUGCCACAGUAGGAGCCACUGGAGCCGAGUGUCAGAAGAGCUGUCAGACCCUUGACAUGGAAUGCGUAAGUGUGACUACAUUGUAACCAUUUCUUAUCUAAAUUACCUGUGCAACUUAUGUAUUACAUUGUUCCCAUGAUGAUUGCAGUUAUCACUUCUUUCCUGAGUUUAUGAAACUGUCAGCACCGCUCAGCAUUCAUCAUGGUCUCCUGUUACAAAAUAGGAGUCAUGCUGAUGGGUGAUCAGAGGCAAUGACGAAAGCUAGCCUACAGAACCCAUCAGAAGGUACUUCAGUGGUAGAGACAGGGAGGCACAGGGCAUGGUAAACCAGUUUAACCACCACGUUAUGACUUGUGAAUCACUCUUACACCCAACAUUAUUUUUAAAUCAAGGGACACCCAACGUUUUUUUAAAAAUCAAGGGUAUCAAUAUACCAAGUCACAAUCUAGUGAUUUAUAAUAACAUUCUCUCAAAGAGUUCAAGAAAAGUUCUCCACACCUAAACUCCUCUGAAAAAGUAAACUUGAAGCAGUUUUGCAUAGCUUGCUAAUUAAUUGACUCUUCAUUGGUAACGCACCACUGGAGACAGAUACUGAUUUCACUCUGUCUAGUAUCUUAGACACUUUUGUUUCUCACCUAUUGAUUUGUCAAGUAACAUCUUUUGCUGCCUUAUCUUCUGUUACAGUACAGCACACAGUGCGUCUCUGGCUGCAUGUGUCCCAAGGAGUUGGUGUCCGAUGGCCAAGGUGGGUGUGUAGCUGCUGAAGAGUGUCCAUGCAUUCACAAUGAAGCCACAUACAAGCCAGGGGACAGCAUCAAGGUGAAAUGUAAUACUUGGUACGUAUCGCCUGUUAUAAGCUGAACUAAAAGUAUUGAACUCUUCCAUCUAAAUGGGGGGGGGGAUCAAACAAACCCCGCCACUAUGAAAUUUAACCAUAUUUCUGUCUGUGCAGUACAUGUAAGAACAGAAAGUGGGAGUGCUCCACUGAACCCUGCCUGGCAACAUGCUCUGUUUAUGGAGAUGGUCAUUACAUCACGUUUGAUGGCAAACGCUAUAGCUUCAGUGGAGACUGUGAAUACACACUGGUCCAGGUAUAAUACUUUUCUCCCCAAGCACUUGCUUUUUUGAAAUGCAGAGUCUUUAGUCUUGAUAUGGCAAGCUGUGUUCAUGAACACCAUAUAACCCUCUUCUCCACAGGAUCAUUGCGGUAAAAACAAUUCAAAUGCAGGGACUUUCAGAGUGAUCACGGAGAACAUCCCCUGUGGCACCACCGGGACAACCUGCUCAAAAGCCAUUAAAGUCUUCAUGGGGGUAAGUAGGUUCACGCAAGAUGAACGCAAAAUAUGACUUGUGCACCUGGACAGAACUGGGUUAUAUUAAAUCUACAAAUGGGGAAAUCAUGGAGUGCAAAGUAACUAAGCUGUAAAGGUAGCCGUGUUGGUCUGAUGUAGUCGAAAUAAAAAAAAUAAAAAAUUGUCCAGUAGCACAUUAGAGUCCAACUAAGUUUGUUCUGGGUAUAUGUUUUUGUGUGCAUGCACACUUCUUCAGAUACACUGAAACAGAAGACCCUUAUAUAUAGUGGGAAGCUGGGGUGGGGUUUUUUAGAAGGGUAGUAGGAGAUGGGUGAUUGACUCGAUGGGUAUGGUAAACCUGUUGACACUGUUAACGACUGGAAUUAGUCCUACAGGAAAAAGCAAAGGAUAGUAUACAGAUGACCAAAAAUAGCUUUAGCAUGUGUAAUGAGACAAGAAUCCAAUAUCUCUAUUCAGACCAGGUCUCUCCAUAGUUUUCAGUUUACUAAUAAGUUGUAAUUACUUGAAAGAGAAGUUGCUGAAUUACAACUUAUUGUUGCUUUUCAUCUUUCAGAACUAUGAGCUGAUACUCGCUGAUGAAAAAUUUACAGUGGUACAGAGGCUUUCUGGUGGAGGUGAAGUGCCAUUCAAGGUCCGCUACAUGGGAAUCUACAUGGUGAUUGACACCACAGCUGGACUGGUCCUGUUGUGGGACAAGAAAACCAGUAUCUUCAUCAAACUCAAUGACGAAUUUAAGGUAUGCUGAGGAUGCCAGAUCAGAUUAUAUAGGGGUGUGUGUGUAAUGAAAGAGAAGUGCUACAACAUUCUUCUAGGAAAUUCUGUAAAGGACAAACAUUAAGAGCUAAUGUUAGCAUUUAAAUAUUCCAGUCAGUUGAUUUAUCAGAUGAAUCCCCUUACUUGACCUCUUCAUAGUCAGUUUAACAUAGGUUCUUUGUCUGUAUGAAGAACUAUUGAUAGUAAUGAGAAACUGGUCACAUUAAAAACAAAGUACAAGACAAUGUACUAACUUCAUAUUAUGAUGAAGUAUGACUCCAGAAAUUGAUUAUUCUUUAUGUGAUCUCAUGGUGGGCUUCCCAUGGGCAGCUGGAUGGCCCUUGUGAGAAAAGAAUGCUAGACUAUAUCAGCCAGAUCAAGAAUGGCUCUCUUUACAUUCUAGCUAUCAUUUCUAUCGCAGAACUAUUUUUUCUUGCAUGAUCAAUGUGCACAGGACUGGUUACAGGACAGUGAUAGACAACAUGGUGCCUGACAUCAUCCCUGACCAUUGCCCAUGCUGCCUGGGGUUGAUGGGAGUUGUAGUUCAACAACAUCUUAAGGGCACCGUGUUGGUUACCACUGUGAUAGUAUAGUAUAGUAAAGGUUCGUUUGUUUUUUCAUAAUAAUGCAGCAAAAUAUAUGCUGUGAUUGUCAAUAUCCAAAAUAUGGUUAGCGUUGACAUUCACAUUCAUAUGUAACUGCUGGCCAUCCCAAAUUGGACAAGCACAACAUCCGGAUAGUGAUGGAAACUGCCCUUCCUCUGGUCAUCAAAUUGAUCAUUUGAUACACAGGAAAGUGAGUGGUAAUAAUUCCCUUGUGUGCCUGUGUAUGAGAGAGAGAAUGUGCAGUGGCUGCAUCUACUUUUGGUCCCAUCCAUCACUGCAAUGCAGCCUUAGGAGGGUUGACCAAGGGUGAAUGAAUCAAACCCAAGGAGAUUACCACCUCUGCUCUCAAGGACUCCCUAAUGAUGCAGAAACAAAUCACUCAAGUUUCUGUUUUUUUAUUUGUAAUUAUGGUAAGCAGUAUCUGAUUCCCUUCACUUUUCACAAAAUAACUAUAUAUCAUUAUUUUUUAAAGAAUCUUUUUGAAUGAAAUUAUUUUUAAAAAAAUGUGAUUGAGAGUGGGUGGGGAAUCAGCCUAUGCCAUUUUUUCUGCUAAAAAAAAGCAACUGUUGGAGCAAUUGUUCUUGUAGAAGCCUAAAAUAUAACUUUUAAUAUACUUUAUAUGUUAUGAGGCUAUUCUUAAAUAGGUGUGCUAAUUCGGUGUACUGCAUGUGUUUGAUGUGUACAUAGGGUCUCUGAGCACAUGAAAUUAUCAGUUCAUGUAAUGGGGACAGUCAAUCUAUCCAUGCAUGUACAUGCUGUCAGCUUCCUCUGCAGAAAUUAACUAAAAAGUAUGACAGUCACUAUAAAUAACCAAAGUAUUAUUCCAUUUUGAAAAUGCAGGGUCUCUAAUCCCAGGAAAAUAAAUUUUCCACUCCUCAUUAACUUGUGCUUGUCUCUCUGCAGGGUCAAGUUUGUGGCCUCUGUGGAAACUAUGAUGGCAAUGACAUAAACGACUUCACCACCAGGAGCCAGUCUGUUGUAGGAGAUGUACUGGAGUUUGGUAACAGCUGGAAGGUGUCUCCCACUUGCCCAGAUGCCCCGGGCAGCAGAGAUCCUUGUUCUACAAACCCAUAUAGGAGUUCUUGGGCCCAGAAGCAAUGUAGCAUCAUUAACAGCAAAGUGUUUGCUUCCUGCCACUCUCAGGUAUGGGCAAAUGCAUUUUUAAAAGAAUGUAUAGGACACUUGAACAGCUCCAAGCUUAAGACUUGAUGUGCCUGCUCUUGGGACAGGCUAUACCAACCACUGCAUAAGAGCAACAUAAAAAUGUGUUGUCAUUCUGUCAGCUAAUAAUUCAGAUAAGAAAAAGUUAAAUGUGAGCCCCAGAUUGGUUAGGCUCCCCAGCACAGUAAAUGCCUGAUAUUAACACAUUUAAUAGAUAAUUAAUAUUUAGGGGGUUGCCAACCAAUUUUACGUUUUCCUCAGUGGAUGCAUAAAAAUACCCUUUGCUUCAAUGACAAAUUACUUCCUUGACAAUUACUAAUGUAGAUGAUACAUAACCUUUUCACGUCCGCUUGACGUUUCGGAAGCAUUCAUGUUUAUUAUUAACAACAAAUUGCCUCUGCAUGCAAUUCUGUUGCUAUAACAAAAUGUGCAACUUGAAAAUAAAAACAAUGACUGAUGUCACAAAUUUUCCAUGCUGACUUUGUUGGAGAAACGAGAACUGUAAUUGGGAAAGAAAACCCAGAAAAUGCACCCUCCCUCUCCGACCAUGGCCUGCUAAGACUGAACCACAAAUCAAACCAUGUGUAUUCCUUCUCUAACAGGUUGAACCAACUAAAUAUUAUGAAGCCUGCAUCUCUGAUGCCUGUGCUUGUGACACUGGGGGAGACUGUGAAUGCUUCUGUACUGCUGUAGCCGCCUAUGCUCAGGCGUGCAAUGAAGCUGGCAGUUGCAUUUCUUGGAGAACUCCAAACAUCUGCCGUGAGUACUGCCCAUUCCUUUUAAAGUAAUAACAAAAAGAUAGAUUAGUGAGAACAAGGAGUAGGCUAAUGUUUCUGUAUUUGUAGCACCAUAUAUGGUAUGUGGUAGGAUGGCAUGCAGUAGGUUGGAGCAUUGCUGAACGUUUGCAUAUUUUUGUAAUCCAAUUUCUGCAUUCAUUUUGAAUGCAGUGACGCGAUCACAACAUGAUUCCUGCUUGUCAAAUUCAUAUCAAGAACAUUUGAAUUUAUCCUAACUUUGCAAGAGCUAAAUGUCUUCAGAAUAUGCUAAAUCUCAGCAUAUCCCCUCCUUACUGUCCAAUUCCCCUCCUUACUGUCUCCCGUGCUGUCAAUCCAUACCUGCCUGUGACCAUGAGGUCAAGGAAAAUAGGAAGACUUUCCCUGGAACAAGUACUGCUGCUGCUACUAGCUGCCUGCUUUGUUAUUCAUUAAAUUUAUAUACCACCCUUCAUCCUAAGAUCACAGGGUGGUUUACAGUACAAAAAUGCAGAAUACAUAACAUAAUAACAAAAAAACCCCCACCAGUAACACGUUUAGAAGACCAUAGAUCUUUCAUAUUUUGGCAGAGGAAGUGUAGCCAUUCACCAGGCCCAGCAUUCACCACCCAGUCCUACCUGUGAUCCACCCAAUAUCUCUGAUCCUACCUCCUACCAGCUGGGGAGAAGAUGUAGCAGGAGGGUAACUGGGUCUGUUCCUGACAUCCCUGCUCGCAAAAUUCAUUUGAUGGUGUUCCUGACUGGUGAAGUGAAUAAUGACACUAGAGAAACAAGCAACUAAUAUUGCUUACCAGAUCACUGAACAUAGAAAUGAGAAAUGACUGGCAUACAGUGCAAGGAUAGGUAUUGAGUGCUAUGAAAUUAAUGCAUUUUACUUGAAAGUAACAUUUAAAAAACCCUUUCCUCCUUUUGCAGCUCUGUUCUGUGAUUACUAUAAUCCAAAAGAGGAGUGUGAGUGGCACUACCAGCCUUGUGGCUCUCCUUGUAUGAAGACUUGCAGAAACCCAAGUGGAAAAUGCCUCCAUGAGUUACAAGGCUUAGAAGGUACAAGGAUUGUGGACCUUACCCUUGACCUACAAAUGAUGAUUACAGGAAACUUAAAAGCUUCAUUUUAUAUUAAUUGUUAUAAAAACUGUGGUUGCCCAAAACAAAAUGCUUGAUGCUUUGUGAAUAUGGGAAGUUUGGUUUGGGGAAAGGGAAGUUACUGUUUUGUCCCAGUCAAGGGGACAGGAUCUAGCCCAGUGGAAGCAUGUCCUACACAGAAAAUUCAAGGUCACAUACUGCUGGUCCCUGUCUGGGAUCCAGAAGCAAAGCCAGAUCAAGCAGAGAUUGGGUUUCAGCCGGGCAAGGUCAGAUUCUGACGAUCGGGGUCAGGCAAAGUAAAACACAGAUCAGGUUCCACUGAGGUCAUUCCAGCAAAGUAGAGAGUAGGUCCAAAUAAACAGAGUCAAGUAAAGCAGAGGUUGGGGGCCAAAAAGGCAGAUGAGCAAAUAAACAUAGUAGUAAAACCCUAGUUAGCUCCAAGUGAAAUCUAGGCUGGACUGUUGUUCUAGCACCCAACUAUCCUGGACUCAGCCUUAAGUAGGAUUGCUGCUUUGAUUGGGAAGCUAACUUCUUCCCUGAUGCAUAGAGCCCUUACAGUUAAAGAGGUUCAGCCACUAGGUGCCAUUCACUUUGGAAGCUUGGGGGAGACCAAGGUUAAGUUCUUGCCUCUAAGCUGGAGACCAGAGUUCGAGGAAGACAAGGCAACUUCUUCAAGGUGGAGAGGUGCAGGCAUCAUGUGCUCCUUUGAUGCUAGAACACCCAAGGAGGCAGGAAUGUCUAAAGCGGGUUCUGAGGUCAAUCUUCCUUUUGGUCAAGAGAUUCCCUCUGCCUCCAUGGCCUCUUCUCCUGAGCCCCAGUCUUGCUAAAUGACAGUUGCUUGACUUUUCUUUACCAUAAACUUCACUGACAAUCUGUGGAAGGGUUAUGGUAUAAAUGCAGAACAACCUACUUCAGGACUCACAAAGUUUCCACUCACAGAAUCCUCUGCUGGACCAAAGAGCUUCUGCUAGUGGGGAUACACAGUUGGAUUCAAGCCAGUGUGACUAUUAGUCUGAGUUUAUGGAUUAACAUAUGGCUUAUAAUUGUGAGAUCAAGAUAUGGCAGGGAUGGGCGGCCUGUGGCCCUCCAGAUGUUGUUGAACUACAGUUCCCAGCAUUGGCCAUGCUGGCUAUGACUGAUGGGAGCUUGAGUCCAACAAUGCAUGGAGGCCAAAGGUUUCUCAUCCCUGGUUUAUGGUGUGACAGCACCAUACACAAAAUCAGCUUAAAGGCUAACAUUUGUGCAGGGUAUGGUAAAAACUCUCUUUCUUACCACAGGCUGCUAUCCAAAGUGUCCAGCUGAUAAGCCCUAUUUUGAUGAAGAUGAGAUGCAGUGUGUUGAUCUUCCAGCGUGCGGCUGCUUUGAUGGCAAAGGAAACCACUAUAAACCAGGAGAAAAAAUGCCUUCACAAAAGAGCUGUGAAUCAUGGUAAUGCUUGUCUUUCAAAUGAUGAGAAUGAGAAUGUGAAUGUAAAAAUGUUUAAAGUUGUGGCAGAGGCAUAGCAUGCUCUAUUUCAUACUGCAGAAACAGGUUUGAGAAGGCAAAGUUUGGAAAUGUUCUCCUUAGGAUUAAUCUGCUCCAGCAUGUCUGCCCACCUCUUUUUGAACUUCUACUGCGGUAGAAAGAAAGUUUGCCUGAAGGCUCUAGUGAAAUUACUACUGCUCUUUUCUUCACUUUCACUCAGCUAAUUUGUUUCUCCUCUUCUGUAGGUUCUGGUGAGGAUUCUCUACUAUCCUACGUGCUGUGCUUCUUCCUUUUAUAUAGGGACAGAUUCUGAUAUUUAGGGCUGUGUACACACCAUACACUGAAAGCACAUUCCCAACCCCAAAGAUUCCUGGGAUCUGCAGUUUGUUAAGUGUGCUGGGAAUUUUAGUUCUGGGGGUAAACUACAGUUCCCAAGAUUCUUUCAGGGGGAGAUUUGCUUUAAAUGUUUGUUAUGUACACAGCCAUUGUCCAUGCUGAUUAGUAGAAUGAAUAACCAACCAAAUCAGCUUUAGGAAUGACCGCUCCCCACAUUAAGUAAGCCCUUUGUGUGGUCGCGCACAGCCCCCUGGACCCUAUGUGGCACCAUUAGCACAGGCUUGGCUUCGCCUUCUCCAGGUGGGAUACCUGGAGGUCUCCGCCUACCUCAGCCAGUUGCCCAAUCCCGCCUGGGGAGGCAUUGCCAAGGUGAUCAGGCCAAGUAGGGGGAGGGACCACCUGCCCACACAAUAGGGGGAGGACCUUACCUGGGAAUCAUCAGUUAGCCCCACCUUCUAAACAACAGCCAAUAUACCAAUUGUUGGGGGGAAGGGGGUAUCUGCUUUUACAAAAAGAAAAUUAGAGUUAAUCAUUGGAUGUUCCAAAAAGAUAAAUGAUUCAAUUUUAAUUCCAUUUACUUUGAAGUGCAGUCCAUUUAUUUCAAUGAAACUUCCUUCCAACAGCAAGUAAGAUGCAGUCUUUCACACACUCACCUGGAAAAUGGAAGCUCUACUGCCGGGGUGGCCAACUCCCGAGAGACUGUGAUCUACUCUCAGAGUUAGAAACCGGCAGUGAUCUACCACCUUUUGGGGGGUUCUAGUCUAAGUUGUUGAGCUUUUUUUAGGGAGGAGGAACGCUUUCUUUAGGGGAGCUUUUUUGAGGGGAGCCCAUGAUCUGACAGUGAUCUACCACAGACGUUCAAUGAUCUACCAGUAGAUCACAAUCUGCUACUGGAUGUCAUAGAAUUUAGUUCUGAGUAAAUGAGUAAAACCAAUUAGAGUCAAAGCCUAAAAUUGCUUUCUCAAUCCAAGUGUAGUAGUUUAUUCAGAAUUUCACCUCCAUAGACAUUCUUUUAUACUGGUUGUAUAUGCCCCUGAGGGCACACUCCAUUGUCUCUUGAGGCAGACGGAUGCCAACAACUAAUAUAAGGAGGGCUGUUAGUGUCUUCUUUGCUCACUAAAGAAAAUUAACUACCUUCAAAUGUGUUUUCUUUCCUUUUAGCUAUUGUUCCAUGGCUGGCAAACCAGAGUGUCGAUACGAUGAACUUGGUAUGUUCUCAGUGCUAAGUUUUAAUAUGAAUUGUGAGUGAUUUGGAACAGCCUUUUACAUUUUAAGAAGUUUAAUGCUGACAAUUUCUUUUGAAUGACAGAAUGCCACUGCAUCUAUGAAGGGAAGAUUAGCAAGCCUGGGGAUGUCAUCUACAACACAACAGAUGGCAUUGGAGGGUGCAUCACUGCGAUUUGCAGUAAGAAUGGAACAAUAGAGAGGAAUAUCUUCCCAUGCACAACAACACCCACCACAACCACCACCACCACUGCACCAACCACUACCGUCUUUAACUUUUCCAGUACCUCUUCACCAGCAACCACUACUGCAGGUAAAAACUCUGAUGAUAGUGCAAUCAUAUGGUUCACUCCCUCCCUACCCUAUUCAGUGAAACCCAUCUCCAGUACAUUGGAAUUAGUAGAUUGUAGUAGAGUAUAAAUUUCAAGAGCAUUACCCUGCAACGUUGUCUGUGGAUUUCUGUAGUUUCUUUACCACCUUUUGCAUAGCUGUAUGGUACAUUGCUAUGGCGGAGACAUAGUACUGCCUCCUGGAAUGGUACUCCUGGAAUGGUACUGCAUGGGCGUUUUUACCCUUAGCAUUUUCUGAGCUGGUGGAAAUGAAUACCAGCCAUUCCAAUCAAUCUAGGAAGGGAUGGGUGUUUUCUGGGAAGCCCGGAUGAGAGGGCUACCUCUCCAACUCCAGCAAUGCAAAAUAUGACCUGUGCCUCUGUAAUUUAAAUCUUUCAAUGAAAUGUUUAGAAAACAAUAAGCAUUUUUUGCUGGUGUGAAGAACUACUUGUAAGUAAAUGUAUAUAGGAUACUUUUAAGUAAGCCAAUAAGCUGUGGUCCCUCCUGUGAUGUGUUUCCAAUCUCCCAAAGAGCUGAGGAGAAAAAUGGAGGUGCUUCACUCCAGGUUCUCCUUGACUAAUUUCUGGGCAACUUGCAGUACCCUGUUUAUUCAUAGUGCUCCCACCCAUCUCAUAUGUGCUUCAUUCAGUUUUCCUCCCAUCUCAAUCAGCUGCUACCCAGUUUCUUGAUCCAGGUCUCUGAGGAGCUCCAGUCCCAGCAGCCCAUAUCACUUUUCCUUCUCAUUUCCUCACUCGAACAUUUUGAUUUUACAUUUUGUUAUUACAAAAGGAAAUAGAGAUAUUUAAAAGCCUGUGUUACUCAGCAACUAGUUCCAGAGGGGUCCAAUGGAUUGGUUCAGUCCAGAUGGCUCGGAUGAACUGAUUUAGUUAAACCCUCAAAGGUUGCUUCCAAACCACCUGUUUCUUGAGCAUCCAUUCUGAUUUGUUUGCCAGGGAGGUUAGAUAACACGGUUUCAAGCCAAUGAUAUCCCACCCUUUUCAAGGGUAUUUCCCAGUCUCAUUUGCAAGUAACUCAGUUUUAGUAGGGAGUGAGUUUGUUGCUCAAGAGCACCAAAUCAAUUGCACCAAAUGAAUUUGCUGGUAUGUGACUGAAUCCCGCCUGGAAAUGGUGGCAGUCUAGAAGAGCCUCAAGGAAACUUCCUUCUUACACACAGCUUCUACUGUACAUGCUUAAAAUUUAAAAGUUUAAAUAAGCAUGAAAAUACUAAUGUGCCAUUUUAUCUUUUUUACCCUCACAGUGCCUGUAACAACAUCCGUUUGUGUUCAGGAAGUAUGCCAGUGGUCACAGUGGUAUGAUGUGAGCCAGCCUGGCUCUGGAGAUGAUGAUGGAGAUUUUGAUACUUUUGAAAAACUACGAGCAGAAGGAUAUAAAGUCUGCAGAGCUCCAAGGGCCGUUGCCUGCAGAGCUGAGAAAUUUCCCAAUACUCCAUUAAGUGAACUGGGCCAGAAAGUAGAAUGCAGUAAAACAGUGGGGCUAAUCUGUUACAACAAGGAUCAGCAUCCAAUGAGCUGCCACAAUUAUCAAAUCAAAAUCCAGUGUUGUAGCUUUGAACCAUGUGGCAUUACUGCAUCGACACCUGGGACUACGCACACAACAACACCAACUACUCUUCCUGUAACAACUCCUACUCCUGUAACAACACCAAAGCUACCACCUACCACAACUGUAGUAACCGAAACAACUAGCAUCUCAACUACAACCCCAGCAACCACAACAGAAAUACCACGGUCAACACCUUGUAAACUCACAUGUAAAUGGACUGAAUGGUACGAUGUGCACUUUCCCACUUUGGACAACAAAGGGGAUUUUGAAACAUACGACAUCAUUAAGGCUGCAGGAAAAGAUAUAUGCCAAAAACCUGAACGUAUAGAAUGCAGGGCAGAGAAAUAUCCAGAGAAAUCUAUUGAUGAAAUUGGACAAACUGUUCAGUGCAAUGUGACAUUUGGCUUUGUCUGCAAAAAUGAAGAACAGUCAGGAAUCUUGCAGAUGUGUUAUAACUAUCAGAUCAAAGUAUACUGCUGUUAUACUGACUGCUUAACCACCACUCCAGAAACUACAACAGCAAGCACAAGUACUGUUUCAGUAACUACCACAGUUACUAGUACAACUCCAGAAACAACAUCUACAUCAAUAGUGACAACUAAGCCAAAAACAACAACAGUCACAACCACACCUUCUACUACUAAAUCUACAACCACAACUACUACAGCCACAACAUCCACUACAAUUCCAGAAACUACAACUGAAACAACACCUUCUACAACUAAAAUUAUAACCACACCCACAACAAAAGAAACAACACAUCCAACUGUGUCAACAACUACAUCAACAACCUCACAAAUUACAACAAAAGGUACAACCAUAGUGUCAACUACUUCUGAAGCAACAACAUUAACCACAACACCUCCAACUACAACACAGUCACCAACAACAGUAACAACUGUUCCAGAGACAACAAAAAGUUUAGAAACGACAACAAUUUCAACAACAGCCCCUUCGACACCUGAACAAUGCACUAAGGAAGUUUGUGAAUGGUCACAGUGGUAUGAUAUAAGUUACCCAGGAUCCGCACCAGAUGAUGGAGAUUUUGAUACAUUUAAGAAUAUAAGAGCCAAAGGAUACAAAGUCUGUAAGGCACCAAAAAAUGUUGAAUGCAGAGCAGAAAGAUAUCCUGAUACACCACUAAAUGAAUUAGAGCAAAAAGUUACUUGUAGUAAAACAGAAGGACUCAUAUGUUACAACAAAGAACAACUUCCACCAAUUUGCUAUAAUUAUGAGAUAAGAAUUGAAUGCUGUGAAAAAAUAAUUGUACCAUGUCCAACAACCAGACCACUAACAACUACAAAGCCUUUAACCUCACAAACAACGACCACCAGCAAAACAACUACAACAGCAUCAACACCAAUAACUACUACCAAAGAAAAGACUAUUAUUACACGAACUCAGACAACUACACAGCCAUCAAAAGCACCGCUACUAAAUGGAACAACAUCAAUCACAACUAAACCUCUACAAACGACAAAAGUCACAACAAGGACAACACCAUUAAUUACUACAAAGCCUGAAACACCGAAAACUAAGCCGACAACUGAAGUUACAACAACGAAGCCAGCAACAACUACAAAAUUGCAAACCACCACAACACAAACAACGGAAACAACCACCAGUGUCAUCACAACAACAAAAGCAACCACCACACCUGUGGUAGUAAGCACGACUUUGCCUAGAAUGACACCAGAAAGGACUACAAUGGUGACAACCACCAGUGCCACCACCACUCCCAAACCAACCACUACAGCUCCAGAAACGACCACCACCACACCAGUAACAACUACAGAACCCAAAACCACUACAAAACAGCCAACAACGACACCAACCACCACACCUCGGCCAGUAAGCACAACCACAUUGCCCACGACCACUGUACCAGUCACCACAACAACUACCGAGACGACUACCACCUCUCCAGAAACAACAACUUGUGGACCUAUAUGUCAGUGGACCGACUGGUUUGAUGUUGACUAUCCCACAUCUGGACCUAACGGGGGUGACAUUGAGACGUAUAACAACAUCCGAGAUGCGGGUGGCAAGAUCUGUGCCAAGCCAUCAAACAUCCAGUGCAGGGCUGAAAAUUACCCUGACCUCCGCCUUGACCAACUCAAUCAGAUAGUAGAGUGUAAUGUUGACUCUGGACUAGUUUGCAGGAAUGAUGAGCAAAUUGGGAAAAUCAGGCAGUGCUUGAAUUAUGAGAUACGAGUGUUGUGCUGUGAAGUAAACCCACGUUGCCCACCUACAACCAUCCCAACCACCACCACUCCCAAACCAACCACUACAGCUCCAGAAACAACCACCACCACACCAGUAAAAACUACAGCACCCAAAACCACCACAACGCAACCAACCACCACCACCACCACCACUCCCAAACCAACCACUACUGCUCCAGAAACAACCACCACCACACCAGUAACAACUACAGCACCAAAAACCACCACAACACAACCAACAACGACAACCACCACCACCACCACCACACCUCGGCCAGUAAGUACAACCACCUUGCCCACAACCACUGUGCCAGUCACCACAACAACCACCGAGACGACUACCACCUCUCCAGAAACAACAACUUGUGGACCUAUAUGUCAGUGGACCGACUGGUUUGAUGUUGACUAUCCCACAUCUGGACCUAACGGGGGUGACAUUGAGACGUAUAACAACAUCCGGGCUGCAGGAGGGAAGAUCUGUGCCAAGCCAUCAAACAUCCAGUGCAGGGCUGAAAAUCACCCUGGCCUCAGCCUUGACCAGGUUGGUCAGAAAGUUGAGUGUAAUGUUGAUUCUGGACUGGUUUGCAAGAAUGAAGAGCAAAUUGGGAAAAUCAGGCAGUGCUUGAAUUAUGAGAUACGGGUGUUGUGCUGUGAAGUAAACCCACGUUGCCCACCUACAACCAUCCCAACCACCACCACGACAGCUCCAGAAACAACCACCACCACACCAGUAACAACUACAGCACCCAAAACCACCACAACACAACCAACAACAACAACCACCACCACUCCCAAACCAACCACUACUGCUCCAGAAACAACCACCACCACACCAGUAACAACUACAGCACCAAAAACCACCACAACACAACCAACAACGACAACCACCACCACCACCACACCUCGGCCAGUAAGUACAACCACCUUGCCCACAACCACUGUGCCAGUCACCACAACAACCACCGAGACGACUACCACCUCUCCAGAAACAACAACUUGUGGACCUAUAUGUCAGUGGACCGACUGGUUUGAUGUUGACUAUCCCACAUCUGGACCUAACGGGGGUGACAUUGAGACAUAUAACAAGAUCCGGGCUGCAGGAGGGAAGAUCUGUGCCAAGCCAUCAAACAUCCAGUGCAGGGCUGAAAAUCACCCUGGCCUCAGCCUUGACCAGCUUGGUCAGAAAGUUGAGUGUAAUGUUGAUUCUGGACUGGUUUGCAAGAAUGAUGAGCAAAUUGGGAAAUUCAGGCAGUGCUUGAAUUUUGAGAUACGGGUAUUGUGCUGUGAAGUAAACCCACGUUGCCCACCUACAACCAUUCCAACCACCACCACUCCCAAACCAACCACGACAGCUCCAGAAACAACCACCACCACACCAGUAACAACUACAGCACCCAAAACCACCACAACGCAACCAACAACAACAACAACCACCACCACCACUCCCAAACCAACCACUACUGCUCCAGAAACAACCACCACCACACCAGUAACAACUACAGCACCAAAAACCACCACAACACAACCAACAACGACAACCACCACCACCACCACACCUCGGCCAGUAAGUACAACCACCUUGCCCGCAACCACUGUGCCAGUCACCACAACAACCACCGAGACGACUACCACCUCUCCAGAAACAACAACUUGUGGACCUAUAUGUCAGUGGACCGACUGGUUUGAUGUCGACUAUCCCACAUCUGGACCUAACGGGGGUGACAUUGAGACGUAUAACAACAUCCGGGCUGCAGGAGGGAAGAUCUGUGCCAAGCCAUCAAACAUCCAGUGCAGGGCUGAAAAUCACCCUGGCCUCAGCCUUGACCAGCUUGGUCAGAAAGUUGAGUGUAAUGUUGAUUCUGGACUGGUUUGCAAGAAUGAUGAGCAAAUUGGGAAAUUCAGGCAGUGCUUGAAUUUUGAGAUACGGGUAUUGUGCUGUGAAGUAAACCCACGUUGCCCACCUACAACCAUCCCAACCACCACCACUCCCAAACCCACCACUACAGCUCCAGAAACAACCACCACAACACCAGUAACAACUACAGCACCCAAAACCACCACAACGCAACCAACAACAACAACCACCACCACUCCCAAACCAACCACUACUGCUCCAGAAACAACCACCACCACACCAGUAACAACUACAGCACCAAAAACCACCACAACCAACAACGACAACCACCACCACCACCACACCUCGGCCAGUAAGUACAACCACCUUGCCCACAACCACUGUGCCAGUCACCACAACAACCACCGAGACGACUACCACCUCUCCAGAAACAACAACUUGUGGACCUAUAUGUCAGUGGACCGACUGGUUUGA